AUGCGAGCGCGUGAUUAUGAGUUCGGGCAUCGGAAGGGUGGAUGCCCUGAAGGCCUUCUCAAUGUGUCACAUACAGCAAUUAUGGAGGAGCGGCCGUUGAUGGUGACGGCAUCCGGUGGAAAACCACCGUAUUCGAGGUCAUUUUCGACGAAUUACGUCCACCCGGGCAGUGAGACUGAUUCUGAAGAGCGCCCUGCUCCUCGCUAUCGUCCAAAUGUCGACAAAAAGCUAUUUAUCUCCUCGAUAACCGCAAAGCACGCCGGUCUUGCAGCCGCGUGCGCAAAUGCGUUCCAAAUAUUUGCCAAUUUUUUCAUAUUUCUUCGAGGAUGCGGCGUCACUUCUGGAGAUAUGCUAAUGGGGAUUAUCCCAGUCGUCUUUGGCUUUAUCACAAUCGGACUAUUCCUCUAUGCUAUUCUCAGCAACUUCUCCUAUAGCGUAAGGCCAUUUAUCGUUCAUCAGAUAACAGCGAUAGUGAUUGUGGCGGUCGUUUUAAUGUUAUUUCUCUAUUCGCUAUUUCAAUUACAAAGUAUUAGCGGAAUUUUUCAAUUUUCUUGGCUUCGGACGAAGAUGCUAAUGUUUUUGGAACCUCUAUCAACUGCUCAACGCGCGGGUUUUGCCUUAUUCCUACUGGUCAAUAUCUCUAUUUCUGCACUCUCAUUGCAUGUGGCAAUCAUACUGCACUCCUACCUUGAGAAUUGCGUCAAAGUGGUGAGCAACGAUGUCACAGAAGUA